UUCACGUUUUCACUAAUCUAUCGGAUUCAUUGACUUCUUUCGUGACUUGGUAAUUGGUUAGUAAAUAAAUCUCUUUUGUCAUUGGCUAUUAACCGGGGCCAGUUCUCUAGUUCGUUUCGACGAAAAUAAGCCUAAACCUGUAUGUAUGUAUAUACGAUCACGUUAAUCGAUCUUUUAAAAGAGCUUUCCCCUUUCGCGUUCGGCGUACGUAUUACAUAUAUAACAUGUGUGUGAGUGGAAAUUAACAUGUUAAGAUUAAAAUUUCUAUUGAAUCGAUAUGUUACGAUCGAUCGCACAUCGAUGUUUUCCAAGUAUCGUGAAAUUAAUCGUCAUUUAAUAUUAGUAUGAUUUGGAAAUGAUCGGGUUAUCUUUGAUUGUUAAAUCUUUUAACUGGUAUCAUUAUUUCAAGCUUUUCCUUCAUUCUUAUUGACUUUCUUCUCGUGUAAUAGUAAGUAAUAUUAGUAGUAGUAGUUAUAGUGGUGGUGCGUGAAUAUAAUCCGUCGUGCGUUAUCAUAAACUUGAAAGUUUGGUUAAAAAAAGUCUUGUAGUAUGCCACAAUUUCAUAGAAUUGAAAUCAAUAGGACGGAAUGGGAGGUACCAGAACGAUAUCAAAUGCUUACUCCCGUAGGUUCGGGAGCUUAUGGUCAAGUUUGUUCUGCAGUAGAUACAACGACUAAUCAGAAAGUUGCUAUAAAAAAAUUAGCUAGGCCUUUUCAAUCAGCUGUGCACGCAAAACGUACAUAUAGAGAAUUACGGAUGUUAAAACAUAUGAAUCAUGAAAAUGUAAUCGGUCUAUUAGAUGUGUUCCAUCCGUCUUCAUCGUUAGAAGAUUUCCAACACGUUUACCUAGUCACACAUUUAAUGGGAGCAGAUCUCAAUAACAUUGUCAGAACACAAAAACUUUCCGACGAUCAUGUACAAUUUCUUGUAUAUCAAAUCCUUCGAGGCUUGAAGUAUAUACAUUCUGCUGGUAUUAUUCAUAGGGAUUUGAAACCAUCAAACAUAGCUGUAAACGAAGAUUGUGAAUUAAAGAUUUUAGAUUUUGGUUUGGCUAGGCCUACAGAGAAUGAAAUGACAGGUUAUGUUGCUACCCGAUGGUACAGGGCUCCCGAAAUUAUGUUAAAUUGGAUGCAUUAUAAUCAAACAGUUGAUAUUUGGUCAGUUGGAUGUAUAAUGGCAGAAUUACUUACUGGAAGAACAUUAUUUCCAGGAACAGAUCAUAUUCAUCAACUGAAUUUAAUAAUGGAAAUUCUGGGUACACCACGCGAUGAGUUUAUGCAAAAAAUAUCAUCGGAAUCGGCCAGGAACUAUAUACAAAGUUUACCACCAUUGAAGAAGAAAAAUUUUAAAGAUGUAUUUCGCGGGGCUAAUCCCUUAGCAAUAGAUUUGCUUGAAUUAAUGUUGGAAUUAGAUGCCGAAAGGAGAAUUACAGCGGAACAAGCAUUAGCCCAUCCAUAUCUUGCACAAUAUGCUGAUCCAACAGAUGAACCAGUAUCAUUACCGUAUGAUCAAAGUUUUGAAGAUAUGGAAUUACCUGUUGAAAAGUGGAAAGAGCUUGUUUAUCAUGAAGUGAUCAAUUUUGUACCUCAAACAUUACCUGCGCUGUCAUCGACAAUUGAAGCAGCUACGUAGAAUAUGACUAAUAUAGGAUAAUACAAUUUUAAGCACACUGUAAGAUAAUACUAAUAUCGAAAAUUUAAAUUAUAUGUAAUUCUUUAUAUAUGUAUGUGUGUAUAUGUAUAUAUAUAUAUAUAUGUAUGUAUGUAUAUAUGUAUGUAUAUGUAUGUAUAUAUAUAUAUAAAAGAAUAUCCGUGUAUAUAAUUCAUAGAUAAUGCAAAGUAUUAAAGAUAAAAUGUAUAUUUUUAUUAAGUUAAGAGUUAAAUGAUGAUAAAAACACUAAUACUUUCUGGAAUAUUGCAUUAUAAAAGUUCAUUCCUAAUACGUGCAAUAAUAAUUUAUCAAAUAUUAUUUCAAAUAAAAAGAAAGGUAUAUAAUACUUGUGUAACUAUUAAUACUUCAAAUUUACGCGCGUACAAAUCGACAAGAUUACGAAUGAUUGCCAACAUAAAGAAAGAAAAAACAAGAUGCUGUAUGAUAACCUUGCCCAACAGUUGGUAAUAUAAUUUAGAUAAAUCUAAACUAACCACGUUCAGUUUCUCUAUUAAGAUCGUCAUUUUAAUUAAUAGAAUGAAUGAAUAAAUAAGUUUGAAAGUUAAAUUUAAUAUAAAAUGGCAUUAAAUAUUAUUAAAAAGGCAACAACAUUUUGUAAUGGCAUUUUAGUCAAGAAUGUAUUGUCAUGUAGACGUUACAGCUUGUAUGAGCCUGAUUAUUUGGAGGUUAUAUAGACAAUUUUGUGAUAUUUGUUUUUUAUAAUAUAUAGUGGAUUAUAUACGUAUAUAUAUAUAUA